AUGGCAAAUUUUAAUAGUGAUUUUAAUCCAGUUUUUAAUUGUCCUUUACUUCCUGAGUUUGUUCAUUGGCCAUUAGACAUGUAUUUAGAUGAUGAUGAGUUUCGCGCUGGAUACCCAUUUUCACCUGUUCCAGAGGUGGAAUCAAAUGACAACUUGGAAUCGCAUAAUUCUUCAUCAACACCUGAUAGUGAUGUUCUUCAAUCGAAUAAUUCAGAACACAAUGUUUGUAGUUCAACAACAAAAGGCAAUGAUCAAUUAGCUGACUCAUCAUCUGAACAACAAGUAAGAAUCGAAUUACAAAAAAAUAUAUUUAGCAAAGAGGAAAAUGUUGGUUCAACUGGUCGAUCAUAUACAGGAUUUAAAAAAAGUCUUCUUACUGGUAAUAGAACAAUAAGUACAACUGGUGUUAAUCCUAGUACAUCAACUAGAAUAGGACAAUCAUCAUUAAUGAUUCCAACAGAAAAAUUAACUGAACUCGAUGUGAAAGGUAUCAAAAGGAUGAAAGAACUUUCACAUGUUGUUUGUUCAGAUGAACGUAGUAAACUUGAUAUUGUUUCACUUAAACCUGAUAGCGUGGAACUAAAGGUAAUAUCAUUAUCGUCAUCUACAUUAGCUAGUUUGCGUGGUACAGCAACUGAUGAAAAAUUCAAACCAAAUUAUUAUAGUAAAAAAAGUAAAUAUAAAGACGAUUCAAAUGUUCAAUCACCAACGUUAAGUAGUUCAACACGUACAUCACUGUCACAAGGUCAUUUAAAAACUAGUCGUAUAACAUCAUCAGUACUGAGCGAAGCUGUACUGAAAUGUGAUAAAUGUGGACAAUCUAUUGAAUGUAUUGGUUAUUGCAUAAUAGUAUGUGGAACACUUAUUCAUCGUGAACCAGCUAUUACAGCUCCAUUACUUAUGGAUAUCAUUGAAACAA